UAUACCAGAUCUGAUGGUCGCUUUGUAUGCCAUCAAAUGAACCAUAAUAUCGGAGUAGAAGGUCUCAAUUCGUCGUUCAUAAGACAUAACUAGCGUAUUUAUUGACGAAGCAGUAGUUUAGUGCUUCAGCAGAACUAAAGCGGUUUUUACAAGGUUUAUCUGGGAAGAUAAGCUGAAAGACAACGACAUACAGCUUUGGUGUCCACAAACGAAGACCAGAUUGCCGAAGGUUUUAAAUCUACAUUUCCCCGUCAAUUUGACUCAUUUUGGGGCAGUUUUGGGCAUGUAGUAGAAAUACAGCCUGCAACAUUUGAAAAGGUACAUUUCUGUCAAUAUUGGUUUAGUGCAAAGUUUGCUAGAAACAUUGCAGUAUUGUGUGCAUAUUUGUGACGAGUGGCAAGAAACCAAAAGAGUCAGUCAGUAUGGUCCGAUAUACAUUCAGUCAUAGUGUAAACAUGACAUGAUAUAUUAAAGCUUUGAAGAUUUUAGAAGUAAAACCUCGUCCAAUGCUAUGGCUUCUCUCGAUCUACAAGAAAAGGCAAACUUUUCGAUGCUUAGUAGACUUUUGGUUGACAAAGGAACCGAGGCUUUGAGAAUUACAUUUGAUACCAUAAAUUCACCUGUGAGACUACCCGGAGUACUGGCUGCAAAAAAAGCAACUCUUCAAAGGUUAAAACCUCGAGUUAUUAAUAAAUCCCAGUGGGAUUUGCUGUUCCCUCCGUCUGGCAACCCACCAGAUUCCAAAACCUUUGAUGUCACAUUACUUACUGUUUUACUCCGAAACAUUUGUGGCUUUCCAUCAACAGGAUGGGAUGUUAUGCCACCGGAUACAGAUAGGUCAAUGCAAGCGAAUAUCGCAAGAAUCAAGUGUUACAGAAAUGAAGUUUAUGCCCAUGUAACAUCUACUCGGGUUGACAAUUCAACAUUUGAGUCUUUAUGGAAGAAAAUCUCCCAGACGUUAGUAGAAUUGGGCAUUCCACAAAGUGAUGUCGACAUAGAAAAAAGUCCUUUAGGACCAGAAGAAGAAAUUUAUGUGCAAAAGCUUGAAACAAUUCAAUAUGCUUUAAAUCAUUUAAUAGAAAUCGCCGAAGAAAACCGCGACGGAAUAAAUGAACUACAAAAAGAAAAGGAGAGUGAUGAGGAUUUACUACGAAAUCUUGCAAAACAUAAUUUUAAGAAUAAAAUUCAAAGAAAAGUGAAAUUUUUCCAGCCUGGAACAAGGAUGUGGUUGCUAAAAGACGUUAACGAGUGGUUUUGUGAGAGUGAUAGCGGUUCAAGAGUAAAAUUAAUAACAGCUGGACCGGGAUUUGGUAAAAGCGUGUUUGCCGCUAAAAUCUGUGAAGAUUUUGAGAAGAAUGGAAUGCUGGCUGCUUGUCAUUUUUGUGAUUUCAGUGAUUCAAACCUAAGAGAUCCUAUGGUGAUGCUGCAGUCUCUCGCAAGUCAAAUGUGUGAAAGCGUUCUUGGGUUUAAAGAAAAGCUCCUUGAUCAAUUAAAGCGACCUCAUCAAGUCCAAAACCUGAAAGAUGCCUUUCGAAUAUAUUUACAAAAUCCCUUAGAUGAAUUGCAAAUGAAGGAACCACGUUUACUCGUUAUAGAUGGCUUGGAUGAAAGUGCUGCAGAUAAUAAGAAUGAAAUAACGCAUUUGAUUGCUGAGUAUUUUCCUGAUCUUCCCGGGCUUAUCAAAAUCUUGGUGACGAGCAGACUAAGCGACGACGAAAAGACGGACAUUACUAACGUUGACGCAAACAAUCAGUUAGAUCUUGAACUUUAUUUCAAAGAAUGUCUUCCAAGUCUAGUUGACAAGAAAGUAAAUGAUAUUAGUUUAGUUUCCGUUGUGGUUGAGAAGUGCGCUGGUUCAUUUCUCUAUGCAUAUCACUUUCAAUAUGGACUAAAAACUCGCUAUGAUAUUCGGAAGAUAACAAACAAUGAAGUCAUGAAGUUUCUCCCACAAGGAUUGAAUUCUAUUUACGAAGGAUAUUUCAAGCGCCUUGAAGACGAGCUCAAAGCCAUAAAACAUGAAAAGUUCAAUGUGUUGAAAAUUUUGGAAAUGCUGGCUGCUUCCAAAGGACCUCUUCCUCUCAUUUUCGUCGCUCAGGCUUUUGGUUUAGCUGCAGAUUGUCGCGAAACGAAAGAAAUCAUCAACAAAAUUAAUGAAAUCGUGUCUUGCUUGUUGUACGUUUCAGAUGACAUGUUAACCGUUUUUCACAAAUCCGUUAUUGAUUGGCUUCUAGCGAAGGGCUACAAAGAUCACCAGUAUGCUGUCAAGGUCGAUGAUGGACAUAGAUCGCUUUGGCUUUUAUGCGAAAAUGUUUUUCAAAAAAUCGUGAAACAUGUUCGGUCAGGACAUAACGCGAACUUGACUAAUGACGUAAUAUACGCUCUGGAACAUGGUAUGGAACACCUAGAAGAAUGUAAUAUGGAGGAAUGUGUCUUUUGGUCAGUAGAUGUUAUUAUUCUGUUUUAUAUGCUGUUGGUAAAGCCACGUCGACGGAAUUAUGUAGAAUUGUGGAGCAGAAUUCUAGGCAGUUUUGAGAUUAAAAGCGAAGACCUGCGUGCCCGCAUUUCGUGGCAUGUCGUUGAAUUUGAAAUUCUUUAUCAGUUCCUAUUCGACGAGAACUUUCAGUACACAAAAUUUUCAGGAUUAUUGUCGAGAACUUCAAUAUCGUAUCUAGAAGCUGUUCUUACACAUCCUCAAGAAGGUUAUUUCAGUGAAGACGAGAAGAAAAUCGCAAGGUUUCUACUGUCAAAGGCCCACCGACUUUUUGGCCUAAAUACUUAUAAAGACUCGUUUUUGCCGCGAGCAGUCUGGAAAUCCACCGGCGUGAAGCAGAUUACAGCUUUUUGCUUAUCGAAAAAUAAGAAAAAAGUAGCAGUUGUGGAAAGAAAAUCUAUCCAUGUGCUAUCAUUACCAACUUUAGUUGAAAUUAUGAAUUAUUCCACAGAAUUUAAAGAAAUUUCUUGCUGCACAUUUUCUCCAGACGAUUCUCUCAUAUUAUUUGGAAAACUUGGAACGGCGUUAAACAUCGCUGAAAGAGAGGAAGUUCCAUUUUUCCUCGGAAAUGAAGAGACUUUCCUGUCCUGUACGUUUUCCCCUAACGGAAAGAGGCUGGUGACCAGCGAUGGUUCAAACACCAUUAAACUAUGGGACGUUGCUAAACAAAGAUCGCUCACUUUGCUUUGUUCUGAAUCUUCUGUUGAUUUUUGCUUUUUUAGCAUCACAGGGUUGUUUAUCAUUGGAAAUUCAGAACAAUCCAUGUAUUCGAGGUAUGUGGGUUCUUCAUUCUGCGUUUGGAACGCCAUCACAUUCCAAAGAAGUGAUAAACGAAGAUUGUGUCAUGGAAAUAUGGAUGAACGAGGAGUGUUAAAGUGUAAGGAAUGUGAACGAUGUUUUCAUCGAGGAUUUGAGGAACCAAAUUCUAAAAGAUUAGAAAUAACAGUGUGUCAACCACUUGGAAGAGAAUUUAUAACGUAUUGUCCAUGGAUCUGCAAAGGUGUGGAGUUUAUUUUUUCUCUUGGACAGUAUUAUGGUUCGAAAGUACUAGAAAUUAUUCCUAUGGCUGCGGUUGUUGCUUUGAACUACUUGCUUUCUAAUAAUUCUGAUUCUGAUUUGUAUCCGAAAAACAAAGCGACAGCUUUAGAAAAUAAUAUGUGGCUCUGUGCAGAUCGUAAAAAACUGAUGGUCUUAAAGACAUUAGCUUCUGCGCAAGAGCAAUCCUGUCUUUCACUUCCAACGAUGGUUUAUUCGAGUUCGUUUUCUCCUGACGGCUCUCGACUUGCAUCCUGCACGUCAGAUGGAUAUAUCAACGUAUGGAAUGUCUAUACCAGCAAAGUUGAACAGCGUUUCGAAAGCAAUCAAGAGGGAUCAAGAUUUUUAUGCUUGUGGUCGAAAAAUUUCUUGUCUGCGAUUAGUGAGUCUCACGGUAUUCCGAAGUUAACGCGAUACCCGGUGGAUAACAAUUUAGAGAUCCUGUCCACUUCCAAUCAGCAAGUGUCGCUGCAUCAUUUAUUGAGCGGAGACGAGCGCUUGACCUCCUACCUUGAAGGCUUUCUCAUUUUUGAACUCGGAUGCAAUAAAACCGUAGAAAUUCUUGAUGUCAGAGGUGUUGACGGUCCCGUAGUGGUCAAGUUACCUGGGAUUGAGCCUAAGAGUGUAGAAAUCUCGACUGGUGGUGCUUUUAUCUUUGGUUAUAAUAACAAUAAUGCUUAUAUUUGGAAAAGAAACGCCGAAGUACCAGCUUUGUAUGAAGUCUUUUAUCGCUCAACAUAUGAUGAUAUAAUGGAUGCAAUUUUUGAUCAUGAAAUCAGAUGUUUGUUCAGUAGUGAUUCUAAGGUUGCUGUUCUCUCAUACACGCCAGCUUGGCGCAUUGACGAAGUUGACCUGGAUACUGGUCAUUCUAAAAGAUGUUUACUGACGGAGCUUCCGAACGUUCUGUUCAACGACAGUUCGAUAAUCGAUGGGUGCGACAAACAGUUCAACUUUCCCCCAAAGAAACCAUGCUGGCUUUUCCUGAUCGCAAAGGCGAUAUGGUGUUUCUUCCACUGUCUAUCCCACCAAAUCUUUUGUUGCCUGAUAUUAAGUGAGAGGCAAUUGUUAAAUGUUCUGGGGCCGGUUGUAUCAAGCCCGUUUAGCUUGAACGGUGGUAAGUCAAAAUGAAAUAACACUCUUACAACUCUCUUGAAUGAGUCAACUUGAAUAUUAUGCACUGAAUAUAUGUGGUUGUAAACAUGAUCGUUGGACUUGAUCGGCAGACUUGCUUUCUAUUUUGAACUUAUACACCGUUUAUUAUAAGCUAAACAUGCUUGAUACAACCGGCCCCUGGAAUAAAUAGGUGCUGUAAUUCUAAAGUGCGUAUCCCUCACAAAGCGGACGCGAACCAGUCCAAACAAGAGAGCGAUUAAUAUUUUUUCAAAACGAAUUUUUUUGCGGAACAAUUACGUUGGCAGUUUGUUUUCGCCUCGCACGGUGUAAAGUCGUUUGGUGGAAACAGCCUUAUAUAAGACUGCUUUUACUGCAAUAUAUACAAAGCUGUACACGUUGCGUUUCCCGCAGAUUAUUCAUGUCAAUCAUACACGAAUAUCUUUGAUCUUCAAAAUAACUCGAGUGAACCCGUUCACACAAGAACGAGAGCCAGUAGGAGGAGGCUUAGUUUAUAAAGACUCUGUUAUGAAUGACAGAUGUUUUGGAAAUUAUUUACCAAUAAUUACAGAAUUUCAUAAUGAAUAUAUAACGAACAUGCAAAAAUAAAAAAAAUAUGGAAAACUACCAUCAAUAACUUUAUGAUCGGGCAGCGGCUAGACUUUGCUUGGAGCUGGUCUAAAGAAUGGAGAAGUAAGACACCUCCUUCCCUCCUCUGGGAGUUCACCUUGGACAAGUGACAGCACUCCCUAACUGGGGUUACAGUUUGUUAAACAAAACAAAGAUCAGUUCUUGAAUAUAUAUCUACAAGAAAAAAGUUUUCAAAAUGUGUAAAUCGUAUGGUAUUCAAUGGUUGUCACAACUUCUCUCACAAGCUUGCAUUUGUUUCAAUCAUUCAACAAAGACAGAUAAUUCUUAUUAGUUCAAUUCUUUCAAGCCACAACAGAUGCUUUUGACCCAAUAUAUACAACUCAAAUAAUUAUUAUACAUCUCCGUUUGAUUUCAUAUACAACCUAAAUUUAAUGCUUUAAUUUCCUUUUUUUAUCGGAAGAAAAAAUUAAACUUCAUAUCCUUUGAGUUCUCUUUUAUGAAAAAAGACAUUUUAGCGAGAUUUUAUAACAUUUACUUCGCUUCCCGACAAUUUCAGAAAGAACUCAGAACAAAAUUUUUCCUCAAAUAAGGUGAAAAAAAUUCAGCGCAGUGCUCUAAGCCUCUAACAACCGAAUUUUUUUAACUUCCCUAGGAAAAUGUCGAAAAUUCCUACAACUUUGUUAAAAUUUCUUUCACGAGUCAGUUUGAAAACUCGUAAAUUUACUACCAGGCCUGAUCAAAAUUGAUUGUUUUUACACUCUAUCACCAGGAAAUAUUUUAAAGAUAGCCGAUAAUAAAUAGA